GAAUACCGAACGUCGAUCUACAAGUCAGUGCUCCUCCUAUACUAGCUAACACUCUCCGGCGGAUUGAUUAGCUAAGCUAGCAUGGAUACAAAGGCGUGCGUCUCGCUCGUAAUCCUCGCGCUCCUGCUCGCCGGCCCUAACACGAGGGCAGCGGCGCUCCCCGGCAUCGACGCCGCGGCGGCGGUGAUGCCAACGUCGUCGUCGUCCAUGAAGCUGGAGGACGGCGUGGCGACGGAACUCGCGGAUUCGGCUACGGUGGACCUGGAGGGGCACCGCCGCGUCCUCGCCGGCAGAGGCAUCAGCGCGAGCUCCCUGAACCCCAACAAGGCAGCCUGCACCAGGACGUGCCCGGCGCGCGGAGGGGCCUACACCGGCCGGGCAUGCCUCCGAAGGUACCAGUGCCGUUAGGGGGAGUGAACCGAACAGCCCUCAGGCUGUCGGUCCAACCUCCUUCCCGCACUGCACUUCGUCCGUCCGAUCAGUGUUUCACUGUAUAUUUCCAUUUCCGUUUUGACCAUGUAUUUUACGAUAGUGUCAUGUUUCUUGGAGUACUCCCUCAAGUUUUUUUACUCCGCGUAUAAAUUUUGGUCAAAGUCAAAGUACACAAGGUUUGACCAAAUUUAUGUUAAAAAAUAUGAACAUCUAUGAUACUAAGAUUAUAUAGUAUGAAACUACAUUUGAUGAAGCAUCUGAUAAUGUUGAUUUCAUCUGGUGAAUGAUGAUAGUUUUUAAUAUAGAGUAAGUCAAACUUUAUAAAACUUGAUUUUGACCAAACCUUAUAUGCAGACUAAAAAAAAACGGAGGGAGUACGUGUAACUUUGCAUGCAGUCUU